CCAGUGUAAAGCGCCGCUGCAGAUUUAUAAGCUUCUAAAGUGAAAUAACAGGCUUAUUUUAUUUAUUUAUUUAUUUUUAGAUGUACGUUUAACCUGAUUUAUAUGUAUCUCGUGAACGUUUUGAAGGUGUUUGGGCAUGCAGCUAACUAAGCUCGUCAUGGCAGCGGACUGUGAGGCAUGGCUGAACGCCAACCCCGUGGAAGCGGACGACCUGAGCGACUCGUAUCAGUCGGGCAACGAGGAGAACGCCCUCGUUUCCAGAGCCGACGACGAGAUCAACGGGAACUGGGUCCCUGCGCCGGUGGGCACCGUGCAUGAGGCUCGGCUCAAGGCCAAGGCCAAACGGCGCCUCCGCAAGAACUCGUCCAGAGACUCGGGCCGGGGGGAUUCGCUGAGCGAGAACGGAGAAGCCUCCCGCUCCGCCGUGCCCCCCGCCAGCCCCAAAGGCAAAGUGCUGGACCGCAGAUCACGCCUGGGCAAAGGGAGGGGCCUGCCGAAGAAAGGUGGCGCUGGUGGUAAAGGUGUGUGGGGAACACCGGGAGAGGUGUACGACGUGGAGGAGGUCGACGUCCGGGACCCCAAUUACGACGAAGAUCAGGAGAACUGCGUGUACGAGACGGUGGUGCUGCCGCUGGACGAGGACAACUUCACUCGGACCGUCACGCCCAUCGUUCAGGAGUACUUUGAGCACGGAGACUCCGACGAAGUAGCGGAGUUAUUAGGCGAGUUGAAUCUGGGCUCCAUGCGCAGCGACGUCCCGCUCCUGGCCGUCUCGCUGGCGUUGGAGGCCAAGGCGAGUCAGAGAGAGCUCACGUCCCUCCUGCUGUCGCGCCUGUGUGGCCGAGUCCUCAGCCGCUCCGACAUCGAAGCCUCCUUCCGCAAGCUGCUGAAAGAGCUUCCUGACCUGGUGCUGGACACGCCCACAGCGCCACAGCUGGUCGGUCAGUUCAUUGCCAGAGCUGUAGCAGAUCAGAUUCUCUCGAAGAGCUACAUCGAUGGCUAUAAAGGAAGCGUGGACUGCGAGCACGCCAGGGCCGCUCUGGACCGCGCAGCCGUACUGCUAAAGAUGAGCAAGGAGUCGGGACUUAAGAUAGAUAACCUCUGGGGCUUAGGGGGAGGCCAGAGACCUGUCAAUCAACUCAUCAACGAGGUAAACCUGCUGCUGAAGGAGUACGUGCUGUCAGGUGACACGGCGGAGGCGGAGCGGUGUUUGAGGGAGCUCGAGGUGCCACACUUCCAUCACGAGUUUGUCUACGAGGCGAUAGUCAUGGUUCUGGAAUCCAAAGGAGACACGACGCUUCAGGCGAUCCUAAAGCUGCUGAAAUCUCUCUUUGACUCGUCAGUCAUCACUCUGGACCAAAUGAGAAGGGGUUACGAGAGAGUGUAUAUGGAUAUCGCCGAGAUUAAUAUCGACGUGCCGUGUGCGUACUCGCUCCUCGAGCACUUUGUGGACAAGAGCUUUAGUGCUGCAGUCAUCGACAAAAAACUCCGAGACCUGUGUCCAUGUCGAGGAAGGAAGAGGUUCGUCAGUGAAGGAGACGGAGGACUUCUCAAACUCGAAACCUACUGAUUCCACCACUUCCCAUGUCCACCUUAUCUGCUGCGUUUAGGGAGACUUGUGCUACGUGUGUGUGUGUCCUACAGGUUUAGGUAUAGGUGUGUGUAUAUAUAUAUAUAUAUAUAUAUAUAUAUAUAUAUAUAUAUAUAUAUAUAUAUAUAUAUAUAUAUAUAUAUAUCUCUUCCUGUCAAGAACGUAAAGUAACCCGACUAUGGAAUAAGCACGCACGCACGCACGCCUUUUAAGGUGACCAGAUAAGCUAAAACCCUGAGAAAGUGCCACACUUUGAAAUGACUCCGUCAUUCCAGGUUUUGUAUUUCAGUUCACUGCCACUCCGCGUAUUUCACUGACUCUCCAGUUAGCAGGAUAACUCGAGCCAGAUGUCACUUAACCUGGCUUAAUUUAUCCGGCCUGUAUGGUUUGUUCGCUUUGCAAAUUCCGCUCUGUGAACCGUCUCUACUUUGCAGUGUUUAUGGGUUCGUUUGCUCGGUAGGUUUGUGAGACCUUCAUGUUGGUUUAUUUCUCUCUCUCUCUCUCUUUUUCUUUUUCCAAUCUGCCUGAACACGUCUCUUUCUGUUUCGCCGCUCGGUCUUACACAGACGUCGAUACUGGAUGCAACAGACAAACAAAUGGCAAUACAGAGAAAUGUGACCCAAUCGGGAUUAUUUCACACGGAGUUUGUCAACUUAUUUUAUUUUAUUUUAUUUUUUUUUUAUAUUUCUUUUUCGCGAACACUGACGUGGGUAUAUUUACCAAAUGUUCUCGCUCUCUUACUUUUUUUUUUUUUUUUUUUUUUUUUUUUUGUUAAAAAUGGUUAAGAAAUAAAUAAAGGUUAAGGUAAUAGUUUGUGUUUUGUGUUGCUUAUUAAGACUUGAAUCGACUGUUCAGCAGCCCAGACGUUUGAGAUCCUUAUCCCAGGACUGGGGGAGGGGGUGGACGGAGUUGGGGGGAACCCUUAAAAUGCUCUGUGCUAUUUAGAUUGCAAAAGUAGCUUGUGUUUUGUUUAUUGUUAUUUAUUUUUAUUUGCACUAAGCAUUUAAACCGUCCGGUUGUAUUCUAGUUACAUAUCCGAACACAAGAAACGUUAGUGGUCACGAGUUUAUUAUUCGUUUACUUUCUCAGACCAGCGAACUGUACCGUUAGGGUUUUUAUAGAUGUAACCAAUUAAUGUGGGUCUCAUGUUGAUUGAGCUGAAAUAAUGCUGCUAUAAACUCAUUUAAAAUGGUGAACUGUGUAAGCAGACAUGUCGACGUGACGUCAGAAAUUAUGAGGUGAGAGCUUUAGUCGAAUGCAGCAGAAUUACCUGAAGCCUCAUAAUAGUAAGAAUAUAAAGAGUGGGGGGGG